CCUCGGUAGCUCUCCAAGGGGUCUGCCUUACUGCGUAAAGUCAAGAGACUGGGUCCGGACGCGCGGCACACUCAUUCCGCAGCCUCUGCGCGCGCGUCACCUCCGCGGGACACUUGAUUUCUGAUAUUUUGAAUAGCACUUCCUACGCCGGUCAUAGGCACAUGAAAGCAGUGACGUUCGGCGGAUGUUAAGUGUUGCAUUAGCAGAUCAUCUGUCCUGGGGCGAAAAGAAGGACAUGGCUCAAAUAAAUGGGGCGACUCUUUUACCAUUUGGGGCGAUUUGUGCAGUUUUCCUGUGGGAAUCUGGGGCCAGCUCCAUCAGGACGACGAUUUCAGUGGACACGUCAAGGAUGGACUGUCCAGACAAUAAAAUCUUGACUGUGGCGUAUCCCUGUGUCAGAGCUGGAGGGAAGAACGGCACUUGUUUCAGGAGGAAGUGUUGUGAUGGAUUCAGGUUUGUGAUGGGCCAGUGCAUACCUGAAAGUGUGGAUGUAUGUGCUGCAUCACCCUGCGAGCAGCAGUGCACUGAUAACUUUGGUCGAGUCGUCUGCACGUGUUACCCCGGUUAUCGCUUCGACAGGGAAAGACACCGCACCCACAAGUCUCCCUACUGCCUGGACAUCAACGAGUGUGAGGUCUCUGGACAAAGUCUAUGUGACCAUGAAUGUGUGAACACAGUCGGCAGCUUCCUGUGUCGCUGCCGCACCGGGUACAUCCUUGCACCAGACCAGCGGUCCUGCAUCCCAGUGCACAACUUGAGUUCCUCGGGAAAGUCCGACACCUUGAUGAGUGCUGGUUCCUGCUCGUUCACGUGUCAAGAUUUCAUGAACAUGAAAAGCAGCCUGUUUCAGCUCAAGCUGCGACUGGGAAGCACCCAGUCGCACAACCAGGUAUCUGGUCUGGCUAACAGCAGUGACAAACCGACUCGAGCGGGAAAAAGCACUGACAGCCCCUGUCUUCCUGGAUUACCUGGCCCUCCAGGAGCUCCUGGUCUCCCAGGACACCCAGGGGAACCGGGAAGCAGCGGGGAGCCAGGAGAGAAGGGUCCACCUGGUCCAAGGGGUCCACGGGGAGACAUGGGGCCCAUGGGACCAGAACCUGACCUCAGGCACAUAAAGAGGGGCCGCAGGGGGGCAGUGGGACCACCUGGGGCUCCAGGAAGAGACGGAUUAAAGGGUGAAAGAGGAGCGCCAGGACCCAGUGGUCCACCUGGACCGCCCGGCUCCUUCGACUUCCUUUUGCUAAUGAUGGCCGACAUCCGCAACGACAUCAUUGAGCUACAGGAGAAGGUGUUUGGUGAGCGGAGGGGAAUCUCCCUGGACAGUCCCCCUUAUUCCAGCGGGGAGGAGGAUUUUGUGGAAUGGGCCUCUGGACAAGAAGAUAUCAAAACCUGACCCUUUCAUUGCCUCUUUAGACUAUCAUUCACCCACUUGAGGCUAGCAGAACAAACACCGUGCCUACCUUUUACUUUUGUCCAAAAUCAGCACAUCAGCAUGUCAACGUGUAGCAGCUGAACCGAAUGGAGCAGCGAGUCUUUUAUGAACUCUAACAAUGCUUCAAACUGUAAAACUGAGAGAAUCUAUCUUAAGCGGCUGCCAGCGCCGUUUUGCUGCCUUUCAUUGUUGUGGGUGUGAGUGAGCCCUGUGCGUGCAGGACAUCAUGUGAGAAAUAUACAACAUGAGCCUUUCUGUCUGAGCCUCUGAGCUCUGCCUUUGAGCUGAACCACUUCAAACGAUGGACUUUAUCGUCUACAUCUCUUCCUCUUUCUGUGUCCAUUCAUGGAAGCUCUGCUGUGCCCCUGAUGGAUUACUGGGGCAUUGGUUAGAAAAAAGAAAAAGAGUACAACCCAGGACCUGCACUGCUGGCCUCUCCUGCACCUGUCUGCAGUGUUAAGGUUUGACCUUUGCAGCUGUUCUCUGAGGCAACCUCAGAAAAUAUUUCAUGAGAUUCAUGAGCAUUGUGUUGUUGUAAUUGUACAAUUGACAAUUGGAGCUUCAUUUAUGAUUAGUAAAACUAUAUAACAAGUACAAACUGCUGGCAUCUUUUACUAUAACAAUAUGAAGUGAUGCUGAAAUCAAAUACAAACGAUGGUUAUUGACAUUUUCACAUCUAACAUGACGCAAUGGAUGUAUUUAAAGUACUCUUUUAUAGUCCACGUUUAUCUUAAUUUGUAAACAUAUUGUUAAUGUUAGCAAAUUAGUACAUUUUCUCUCCCAUGCAAAUAAUCCAAGUCUGAGAUAAAAGGAAAGAUGCAUGAAAAUAGUAUUUUUCUAUUUGUCUUAAAAGCAGCUGUAAGAUAAGAGCUAACCUCACAUUAAACGUGUUUAAACCUGUGCUGGAUUUUCAAAUUGAUCAUGAUUUUGGGAAAGAAAGCUACUCCUAGUUAGUCUCUAUAAUAGUAAAGAGAACUACUAUACUUGCACUUAGGAAAUUUAAAACAAGUGAAACUGAUAGAAAAUCUUUCCACCAUGCAUGGUUAAAAGGGUGACGAGAGGUUAAGCUCACUGUUAGAGAACUAGCACACAUGUACUGUAUAUGGUUGAUCUGUGAUCCAGUCUCUCUUCCAAAGAAAUUGUAAAACUUGUUAAAGUGCAAAGAAUCAUGAACGCUUUGAAAAAACAGGACAUUUUAGUAAAAAUGUAUGUCUCACCCAGUAAACGGAAGUGGGUGGAGGUGUUUUAGCAGAAUGAUGACUCACAAUAUAUGACGAAAUCAACACAGAAUUGAUUCAUCUGACACAAAAACAAUCUUCUUCCAUGGUCCUCUUGCUUCUCUAACCUAAAAUCAUGUGGAAAAACUGUGAGGAGAAACAGAAGAGAAAAUGAGAAGGACAGACUUUGCAUGAGCUCAAAAAGUUUUGCCAAAACGUCAAUGAUCUCUCUCUCUCUCUCUCUCUGCAUGCUCCAGUCUCAUGAAACCCCGUCAUAGAAGAAUAAGUGAUGUCCUAUUGGCAACAAGGGGUUGUGCAAAAGUAUUGACAGCAGAUGUAACAAUAGGCAAUCAGAGUUUGGACCUUUGUUAAAGAAAAUAAAACCUGUUUGAUCAUUUUA